AUGGAUAAAUCCUGCUUGAAAAACCAAUGGAUGAUGCAGGCAAAGCUUCUGCUGUGCAUCGUUACACUGAUCACUCUGCUAUCAAUAUCCUCCAAACCUGUCUUGGCCUUGGGGAAUAAUGAAACUGACAGACUAGCUUUGCUUGCUUUGAAGAACAGCCGUGGCUUGAACUUACUUGGCUCCAUAUCUCAUUCAAUCGGAAAUUUAACCUUCCUUAGAAGAGUCAACUUCUCUUAUAACGGGUUACAAGGAAGCAUUCCCAAGGAACAUAGUCACUUGAGGCGGCUUCGUUCUCUAAAUCUAGAGGGUAAUCAACUCCAGGGCAAAAUGCCAGUGGAGCUUAGCAAUUGCUCAAAUUUCAAAAUUUUUGCUUUAAGUAAGAAUAAUCUUACUGGAGAAAUUCCUUUCUUCUUAGGGAAUUUGAAGAAUCUCAUUAGACAUCAUAUUCCUGCCAAUAAUUUGAUUGCGGUAUUCCAUGUUCUCCGGGAAACCUUUCAGCCUUGUAUAUCCUCUCUAUCAGGCAAUAAUUUGGUGGGAAAUAUACCAAAUGCUCUUGACAGAUUAUCAAACUUGCGCUACCACUUUAUAGCUAGCAAUAACCUGUCUAGUCCAAUUCCUCCAAUUUACAAUCUUUCGUAUGUGAUAAUGAUAGAUGCAGCUCUGAACCAAUUAUCUGGGAGGCUUCCACCAGAAAUGGACGUUGCGUUCCCGAAUCUUGAAGUAAUAUAUAUCGGAAAAAACCGAUUGACAGGAACAAUUCCAGUAUCUGUGUCCAACAUCUCUAGCCUGCAACAAUUUGACAUUUCCGCUCAUGGUUUCAGCGGACCAGUUCCUGCUAAUAUAGGGAAGCUUAAGGAUAUUCAAUGGUUAGUCAUUGAUUAUAACCACCUUGGAAGUGGGAAAGCAGGAGACUUUGGAUUUUCUUUCGUCUUUAACCAACUGCAGCCUAUUGGAAGCUUUGGAUAUACAAAGCAAUAG